GGAAACUCACCUCAGGCGCUUGGCCUAGAAAGACUGAAACUGAAGGAUUAUCAAAAAGAGCCAGAAAGACGAACACCUCGAAAGAAUCUGCAAAGACAAUUUUCAGAAGGGGAGAAUUUUACAAUGGGAUUCCAUCCGUUACAGGCCAUUGCUGAUAAUGAUAUAGGAAGUAUGGAAGUAGAUUUCUCAGAAGCUGAAGAAAUGACCUUUGUUCGAUUCAUGAAGAAUCACAAAUGUUAUGAAAUUAUUCCCACUAGUGCCAAACUGGUGGUCUUUGAUGUUCAACUUCGGGUCAAGAAAGCUUUCUUUGCAUUAGUGUACAACGGAGUAAGAGCUGCUCCUCUUUGGGAUAGUGAAAAACAGGAUUUUGUGGGUAUGCUGACAAUAACUGACUUCAUCUGCAUCCUUCAAAAUUACUACAAGUCACCACUGGUCAAAAUGGAUGAGUUGGAAGAACAUAAAAUAGCAACCUGGAGAGAUGUCCUAAGUAAAAAAGCCAGACCUCUUGUGUGGAUUGACCCAGACGCAAGUUUAUUUGAAGCUGUAAGGAUGUUAAUUCAGUCAAAGAUUCAUCGAUUACCCAUUGUGGAUCCAAUAACUGGUAAUGUUAUCUACAUUCUAACUCACAAGAGGAUACUCAAGUUUCUUGGAUUAUUGAAAAAUGAGUUGAGUAGCCCAACCUUCUUGAAGAGGAGUCUGCAGGAUCUUGGGAUUGGUACCUAUACCAAUAUUGCCACUGCUAAACGAGACACACCACUUAUCAAGGCUCUUCAGAUCUUUGUAGAGCGUAGAGUAUCAGCCUUGCCUGUCAUUGAUGAUAACAACAAAAUCAUUGACAUAUAUGCCAAAUUUGAUGUGAUCAAUUUGGCUGCUGAGAAGACAUACAACAAUUUGGAUAUUACCAUCCAGCAAGCAUUGCAGUUUAGACAAACCUACUUUGAAGGAGUCCAUACAUGUCAAGCCACUGAGAAAUUAGAAACUAUCAUGGAGAAAAUUAUCAGAGCAGAGGUUCAUCGCCUUGUAGUUGUUGAUAGCGAGAAUCACGUUGUUGGAGUUGUAUCUUUGUCUGAUCUGCUAACUUUCCUUGUGCUUAGACCAGCAGGAGUUACAAGUCGAAAAUCCAGCAUUAAUUCACCAGACAGUGAGAAGUAAACUGGAGCAAGUAUGAUGCCAAGCCACAUGUUGAAUCCAAGAGAUAACUUGCACCUUGAUGUACAACCAUUUAAUGGUAAUUGGUGUAUGUAAUUUGAAUAUGAAGUGGAAGCUACUUGUAAAAUAGUGUCAGCCUUAAGUAGAUGUAGAUUGAUGAUCCAUGUAUUCUAUAGAUUAAUAAAGGUACUUAUAAUCUAGAAAUGCUGUGGUUGUAAUUAUAGGUCUGCUCUCCCUUAUAGACAAAAUAAUAAAUCAGCUACAUGUCACACAUUUUAUUGAUGUUAAAGGUACAAUCCAGAAUUGGUAAGAAGAA